GUUAAAUUCUUUACAUCAUCUGAUUGUUUAUGACAUGGCCCGUAUGUGUCUAUAAUCGACAAAAAAACAGAUAUGCAAGAAUCGAUAAGUUCUAGUUCAUGUGAAUCAGAUAAAGAAGAUGAAGAGGUAAAAUUAGAUGAUUCAAUUUGCUUUGGACCUUUAAAAACAAAAUUGUUAGUCAAAAAGGGAUACAUAUGUGCAAAGGAUUUAUGGAAAAACUCCCAUUUGCUAUCUAAUAUACAAUUUGCAGCAAUUAAAUAUAAAACCCUUGAAGAUGAAAUCCAAAGAGAAGAAAUUGAUGAAUUAAAAUUAGUACUUGAACAUCAAAUUAGGAUUUUGGAUCAUAAAUAUGUAUUUACGAUAUGUGGGGAUUAUAGGAGAGGUUUAGAUAAAAUUAGUAACACAGUAGUUGUUGUAUCUUAUUCAGAGGAAUGUUUAAAAAAUGAUAAUAACAUAAGACUUUAUACAAUAAUGAAACAUUUAGUUUCAUGUGGAUUAAUAGUUGAUCCCUUAGAUGGCAUCAGUCUGAACACCUGCGUAGCAGUUUGGCAACAACAUUUGGAUUCAAAUUACCAUUUAAUAAAAUUUGUUUAUGUACCAAGUGAUCAGUAUUACUGUGCCAUAUUAUUUCAUACAGGCCCUGAUAGGUAUGUCAGGAAAAUUCAAGAACAUGCAACUUCAGUGGGCUUAUCAUUAGAAAAGUAUUCAUUAAAGCAGAACUUUUGCGGCGGACUAAUUUUGGGAGAUGCCCUACACAUAGAAAAUGAACUGCAUAUUUUUUAUUAUCUUAAAUUACAUUAUAUUAAACCUGAAAAUAGAUAUUAAAACUUUU